AGUGGGUCGGUUCCUCGAGGUGAGCCCAGCUGGGAGUUACGCCGCCAUGAAGUGUGCUCUGCUCUUGGUUCUUCUUCUGCUGCUGCGCCUUCUGCCUUGGGGCGAGACCCAGAGCACGGUCCCUGCUCCUACCGAAGACCCCUUGCUGCUGAAGGAGACCAAUGGACCAACGUGCGCCCAGUGGCUGUACGGGACGGAGCCGCCGCGGGUGGAAGCUUUCCAGUGCGUGAAGCAGCCCGACGGCGCCAAAGUUAAGUUCUGCUGUGGAACCUGCGACCAGACGCGCAAUUGCUCCUUCGAAGAGGUCGCCGAGGUCGCCCCAGCGCGCCCCACCGACGGCGGACCAGAGCCGUGCCCUCCUUCUCCUCGAGUGCUAAACGGAGUGAAGCUGAUGUGGUUUUGUGCAGGACUUCUUGUCGCUGCGAUAUUUUACUGGGCUAUCUGGGGCAAAGGCAAAAGAUUCUUCCGUGGGAAGACCUCUGCAAAACAGCAGGGGAUUGAGCUGGAGGACCGCUCUUCCGUCAGAUCCCGUGAGCAUCCUGGCUCCUCCAAUGCCUCCACUAGAUCAGCUACACCGUCGUCUGCUGGUGCAGAGGGUCUUCCAGGUCCCCGUGGCCAUCCUGCUGCUGCAUCCAGUAACGCACCUAGUGCCCAGCCCCAAGCUGGGGGCUCUAAGCAUGGGAGAAGUAUUUGGGAUCCAAGAGAACCUGUCUCACUCCGAAUUGACCCUUCUCCCUCGCAGCCAAACAGGGGUGGCAAAAGUCCCUGGGCUGGACCCAGGGGUGGAGGAAGGGGGGUGCAGGUUGCCCUGGGUGUCACCUCUCCUGGGAGAGACACGGUUGUUUGGGAACGUGAAGGCUCCGCCCUGCCCAAACAAUCUGCCCACUACCUCACCCCCAGCUGUAGGGUGGUUGAGUGGGAUGAGGCAGGCAGACUCCGGAGGGCCCGCCGUGUGCCCCGCCCCUAUGGGUGGAUCACCCCACCCUCACCCCGCCCCCAUAGGCGGUUCGCCCCAACCCUGGGCAUGCCUCCCCAGGUGCCCGAGUGGCAUCCUCUGUCGCAGGCUGGACCAGAGAAGUAG